AUGGUUAUUAAAUUGUACAAGUAUUUGGAAUUUGAGAGAGAUGGGAUUUUAAUUUUAUUUACGCUGGUAUCUACAGUGGCUGCAGGGCUAGUACCACCUGCGUUAGCGAUUCUUACUGGCAGAGUGUUUAAUUCCCUGGUUUUGGCUGAAAAGCACGAAAACACUAAUAUAUUGGUUAGAUCGAUGGCUAUAAUGGCACUCGGGGGAGCUUCUCUACCAACGACAUGGGCUAGUAUUUCUGCAUGGAUGCUUUUGGGUGAACGUUGUGGGUUUGGUAUUCGGAGAAGGUUGUUGUACAAAUAUCUAGAGAAUCCUUUCGAGUGGUACGACAAGACAGAAGAUAUUUGUGGAAACUUUACGCAACAGAACAGAUGCGUCGAAGAAGCGAGGGCGAGCUGUGCAGAGGCUUCUGCCGUGAUAACGAGGAGUUUGGUGACUAUUAUCGCGCUCAUAGGGACUUCUUUUUAUGCGUCGUGGUCUCUCACCUUAGUGACACUAUGUAGCGCACCACUGAUCAUUAUGUGUGGUUGGUUCUUCUCUCGUAAGGUUCAAAGAUAUGCCGAUUUGGAGAACGAACAGACAAGUAAAGCUUCGCAACUCCUUGAUUGGUCAAUGACUGCUGCACAGUUUAUAAGAUUAUCGGGUACUGAGUUGAGAGAGAUCAAGAGCUUUAAAAAUUGUGUGCAAAACUGCACAAACAACUUUGUGAAGAUGUGUCAAUAUUCGUCUAUCAAUCUGGCCACAUUAAAAUUUCUUUCACUAGCGAUGUUUGUGCAAGCUUUCUGGUUCGGUUCUACCAUGAUUCGUAAGGGCAAGAUGAACAUCGGUGAUGUCAUAACAUGUUUUCAUUCCUGUAUUCUUCUCGGAUCUACCAUCAGCGGUACGCUUCAACAAUUGGUCAUCAUUCAAAAAGGUAGUGUGGCGGUGAAUAUCGUCUCCAAGUUUCUUGCAGAUGAUAAAACUGCAACUACUGAUAUUCGAAGAUGGCAAGAUGUGCCCUUCCCCGAAUUGAAAGGUGACAUUAGGUUUCAAAAUGUCGAGUUCUCCUACCCUAGCCGACCCGAUCAUAACGUCCUGAGGUCAAUCUCUUUGAACUUUCGAGCUGGUAAAACAACUUUUCUUCUGGGAAAAUCGGGAUCCGGUAAAUCUUCUCUUUCGAACUUGUUACUCAAGUUCUAUGAAAACUACACUGGAGUAAUAUCGGUGGACGGUAGGAAUAUCAAACACAUUGACCAAAGCCAGUUGAUCAAAAACAUUACCGUGGUGGAGCAGCGUUGUAACGUCUUCAAUGGUACUUUGAAAGAGAAUAUCAUUAUAGGAAUAGAUGGCGCAGAUGAAGAAGAGAUCCUCACAAAGCUAAAGCUAGUUUGCAGGAUAUCUUUGCUGGAGAAUUUUAUACAUGAUUUGAGCGAUGGAUUGAACACGCUUAUAGGCAGUGGAGGUAUCUCCUUGAGCGGAGGGCAGCAGCAAAAAGUGGCAAUUGCAAGGGCUCUGAUGAAAGACCCUCAGAUACUGAUUCUUGAUGAAUCACUUUCCGCACUGGACGUACUUCAACGAGGUUUGAUUUUAAGGGCCAUUCGAACACAUAGAAAAGAAAAAACCACGAUAAUUUUAACUCAUGAACUAAAUCAGAUUGGUUCAAAUGACUUCUGCUAUUUGAUAGAAUCAGGCCAAUGCAUAGAACAUGGUUUAGAAGAGACGCUAGUGAAUGAUCCUUCCACAAGAUUUCACAGCUGGAAACAUUUGCAUGAUACAUAUGAUCACUACGAUUGUUUCUCGCAAUACACCUAUGUGGAAACUCCUACCACGCCUAAAAAAUUUGCCGCUGAGAGUAGGAUUGAUUAUGAAGUCGAAACUCCAAAGACUUAUCAAGGCGGAUCCAUUUUCGCAGAGAAUGAAACACUUUGCAACUCCAGUCAACUUCGUAGACCCAAAACCAAAAAAGAACGAGUUCUGGUCACUGAGAAAUCUUUCGAUGAAUUCGAGAGUUCAUCAAGGCCGAGAGAAAAAAUGAUUUCAAUACUUGAAAUCCUAGGACGAAUGUUCCAGUCAUCAAGAAAUAAGCUGCUAUUGUCUUUCGGACUCCUGUUCUCAUUAGCAGCUGGUGCCGCAAAUCCAGUCUUCUCCUAUACCUUCAGUUAUCUUUUGAAUGGAUUGGCACCCCAGUUUGAUGGCGUGGGCUCACCAUCCUACUUGUUAAAAUGGUCGCUUAUAGUUAUUGGCGUGGCGAUUGCAGAUGCAAUCUUGAACUUUUUACAGUAUUUUUUGUUUGGCUAUUGUAGUGAAUACUGGAUAUUGCAGCUUAGGAAUCAAGUGAUGCAGAGAAUAUCAUUUGAAGAAUUAGAUUGGUUCCAGAGAGAAAGGCAUAAAGCUUCUGAGGUCUCGGCCCUGCUGCUCAAUGAUCUGAGAGAUUUGAGAGCAUUGGCCUCCGAUUUUUUGAUUGCAGUUUCAUCUUUUGCAGUUGUCUCCUCAGUUGGUAUAAUUUGGGCCUUAAUAAUUGGUUGGAAGCUUAGUUUGGUAUGCAUAUCUAUGUUCCCUCUAAUAGUGAUUUUUUCUGCAGUAUAUGGCAUGGCUCUUCAGCGACAGGAAACUCAGUAUAAGUCUGCAGUGGUGGAUCUAGAGAAUCUACUAUACGAGGUUGCAACAGGCAUAAAAACAAUCCGGCGUCUACAACUAGAGACCAAUUUCCUCCGGCAGUACAAGCGACUUGAAAGCCACAUGAGAGUCAUUGCGUCACGGCGGGCUAUUACUACUGGGCUCGGGGUCGCCGUUAUAGAAGCUCUGGCGAUGUCUAUCCAGGCAAUCUUGUUUUAUUACGCUCUCAAACUAGUGAUAGAUGGCCAAUAUACCACUAAAAAGAUGUUCGAAACGUUGACUCUACUCCUAUUCACUAUCAUGACAUGCAACAUUUUGAUAAGUCAAGUUCCCGAUAUCAGCCGUGGGCAAAGGGCAGCAAACCGCAUACUCCAAAUGUUAGAUGAGAAGCUGGAGAGGGAGAAGCCACAUCAAGAAAAGAAACAAACAACCUCUGGCUCGGUAAGUGAGUCUUCGGCAGUCAUUUCUUUGCAAAAUGUGACGUUUGCCUACCCAAGUGCUCCUUCCAUUCAUAUCUUUGAUAGCUUGUACCUCGAGUUACCUAUUGGAAGAACCUUCGCAUUAGUAGGUCAGUCUGGAUCAGGAAAGUCAACAUUAGUGACGCUUCUUACGCAGUUAUACAGGCCAACAUCUGGUACUGUACUAGUUGAAAACAAAGAUGUUAAUGAAUGGAACAUUCGUGAUUUGAGACGCCAGAUGUCUGUCGUUGAACAAACACCAACUAUAUUCUCUGGUACCGUCAGGGAGAAUCUUUUGUAUGGAUUACAUCAUGAUCCUCUCGAGGUUGAGAUGUACGAUGUCUUGAGAUACGUUGGCAUUCAUGAUUUCAUUUCAAAGCUACCCCUAGGGCUCGAUACUACGAUAGAUAUUGAUUUACUGUCGGGUGGACAGUUACAAAGGUUAUGCAUUGCUCGAGCAAUAUUGAAAAGACCAAAAAUUUUGAUUCUUGAUGAAUGCACUUCAGCAUUGGAUCCAUUCAGUUCUCACGUCAUAAACAAUAUUGUCAGGCGCGGAUGCCCCGCUCCAUUGACGAUAUCAAUAACUCAUAAUGUUGACAUGAUGAAGGCAUGCGACGAAAUAAUCUUUUUAAAAAAUGGAAGAGUUGCAGGAACAGGUAGCUUUGAUGCAUUACUACAAUCUGACAAAACCUUCCGAGCUCUCAUAGCUGAUGAACAUUGA